AUGGCUGUGGACUUCGCUCUCUAUGCAAUAUUCAUUCUCGUGUACCAAGUGCAACCCCAACGUCGGCAUGCGCACGGAAGUUCUUACUUCACGCUGGCGGCCAUACUUGGCCUCCUAUUGUCGUCUACGAUCUCGACUGUGGCCAAUGCGGUUUUCUAUGUGGUCGAGAUCCCUCCCUACCUUGGCACAUCGGAACGCGGCAUCGAAAUGUUGCUUUUGCGUCUGUCCAUAGUGAUCACGGUGGCCCAGGACGUCAACUUUGUUUUGAGCGACGCCGUGCUGGUUAGCCGAGCCUGGCGUCUAUGGCCAUACAACCGCUUCGUCAAAGGUGUAUUGUUACUCUGCGUGAGUGCAACCGUCGUAGGCAGCAUCGUGGAGUGCUCAUCGGAUUUCUGGCGCGGUCUCUCUACGCUAGGAAAAUUGGAGAGGAAUUCCCAGUAUUUUACUAGGUUCAUUCCCCUCUUGACGACGAAUGUUGUCGCGACAGCCCUCAUCGGAGCGAAAGUAUUACAGUACCGCCGAGACAUCAAGGGCGCCCUCGGUCUACUCACGCAAAAAACGCAGACGGAAGCGAUAAUCAUGCUGCUCCUCGAGUCGGGUGUCGCAUAUGUUCUCUUCUGGGUCGCAGGAUGCGUCGUUCAGACUGUCGCGGUUCACGACCAGUUCUCCAGCGUGCGCGUCUUCGAAGGAACCUACCACCACAUUGCCCGCACGCCCGAGGAGGAGCUGGCAUCAGCGCGUAGGAAGCAGCGGAAGCUGGACAAGAAGCGCCGCAUGGAGCAGCCCUACUCGACCAAGCGAGUGAAGACUAGCACUGACUACGACUACGUCUUCGACAUUGACGGCGUCCCCCGCCCAGGCGUUGCAGACUACGAUGCUGGUCCCUCUCAGUACUAUGAUCGCGCGUUUAAACCAGACCCUGAUGUCCUGAGAGCUGAGAUGGAGGAACAGGCAUUCCGCGAGAAGAUGUUCGAUGCGCUUGGGGACGAGGAGCGUCUGGAUGGAAUCGAGGCGCAGUUCAAUGACUAUGCGCACGUCCCCAAUCGUUGGGGAGGUGGCUCGACGACGAGGGAGCGCGUCUACCACGACGAGGACAGCUUCCUGCACACCGAUCCUCAACAUCUGGACGAGGAAGAGUACGCCGAGUGGGUAAGGCUAGGGAUGUACAGACGAACCCACGCCGCCGAAUACGCUGAGCAAGAACGUCAGAAAGCAGCCAAAGCAGCUCGCAAAGCAGAAGAGCGUGCCCGGCGGAAGGAGACCCGCCGCCUCGAGAGGGCGGCAGAAGAGGAACGGCGCCUACGUCGAGCACACAAGGACGCGAUGCGCUUCGCAGAGGCUCGAGAAAGAUACGAAGAACGAUGGAAGGAGCUGCUCGCGGAACAACCCACCGACGCGGCGUUGCUCACCUUCGCCGACAUACCAUGGCCGGUCCUCGCUGCGCAUCGACAUCACGGCAAGGACGGCAAAGAUCCUCGGUUGACCGUCGAUGACCUGACCCUGGACUCCAUCUCAGCGUUCCUCCUGCCUGCGAGCAAUCCCUCGAAAGUAGAGAAUACGGACGAGGACGCUAUAGAGGAGGCGCGCAAGAAGGAACGCAAAGAGCGCCUGCGCGCGUCGUACCUCCGCUUUCACCCUGACAAAUUCGAGGGUCGGCUCAUGAAGCGCGUUCACCCCGACCACCAGGAAGGGGUGAAGGAGGCUGUCGGUGCAGUCGUUCGCGCACUGAAUACCCUCAUGUCGGAGGACUAGCUGUACCUGCCCUGUACGAUAAUUGUAUACCAUGCUGGCAUUCGCGCCACCUAGAAGGAUAUCUUCGAACCAUCACUCUCAGGCAGCAGUGUGAGGAGUCG